AUGGGCGAGCUCGUGUCGAUAACGCAGAAGCUGCCGCGGCACGUGCAGAGCAGCAUCGAGGCCGUCGUGAUCGCCACCACCAACCUGGCGGCUGCGGCGCCGGGGCAGGCCGCCUCUGCCGACGCCAGCCUGCUGUCCACGUGGCGCGCCGCCAAGCAGGCGGGCGGCGCCGCGGCGCGCUACGACGCCGACGCGGGCGCCGGCGGCAGCGGGCUGAGCGGGCGCGGCCUGCAGCUGCUGGCGCGGCUGGCGCCGGGGCAGGCGCGGGGGCUGGCGCGGGCCGUCGCGUGGCGCGUGGCGGGGGCGUUUGGCAGCUGCCCGCCAGACGAGGGCGAGGGGGCAGGGGAGGGGGAGAGGGAGGUGCCGCAGCAGCAGGAGCAGCAGGGGCAGCAGGAGCAGCAGGAACAGCGGCCAGGGGAGCAGCCUGCCGGUGGAGAGCAGGGAGCGGGGCAGCAGCAGCUGCCUGGGCAGGAGCAGCAGCAACAGGAGCAUCAGGAGCUGCAGCAGCAGCAGCAGCAGGGGCUGGGGGAGGCAACCCCGCCGCUAAUAAAACCCGAGCCCGGCGUAUUGCCAGGCAACGAGGGCGCACAACAGCAGCAGCAGCAGCAACAGCAGCAAUCCAAGCCGCAGGAGGCGUAUGGGCCGACCGGGGUGUGGGUGGCGGUGCCCAGCGCGCCGCCAGACAAGUACGAGCGGGACGAGUGGCUGGCUGCAGCUGACCAUCAGAUUGAGCGCAGCUUCAGCAGCGGCGGCAGCUGGGGCAUGGGCGGCGGCGGGGGUUCCGGCGCGGCGGGUGCGCCGCCGCUGCCGCCGCUGCAGGCCCCGCGGGCGGCGCCCUUGACGGCAGGGGGAGUCAAGGUGGAGGGCAGCUGGGGUGCUGCAAACGCACUGGGCGCUGCGGCUGCGCUGCCGCCCGUGGCGCCGGCGGCGACUGCCACGGCGGCGCCGGCGUAUGGCGGCGGCCUGUUUUCACCCAGCGCUGCCCAAUCGUGGGCGCCCGAUGGGGUGCCAGGGUUGGUCGGGGGUCUGCCAGGCACACAGGCGCCCGGGCUCCCGGGCAUGUAUGGGGGCUCAGCAGCGCACGACGCGGGCCUAGGCAUGCUUGGGGGCGCUGCAGCUCAGCAGUUCACGGGCCUGCUGCCACCGAGCGUCCUCGGCGGCGGCGGCGGCGGCGCCGGCGCUGGGUUGGAUAUGCUUGCAGCGCUCCAGCAGCAGCAGCAGCAGCAGCAGCAGCAGCAACAGCAACAGCUGCAACAGCAGCAGCAACAUUACGCACGACAGCAGCAGCAACAGUACGCACAACAGCAGCUGCAGCAGCACUUUGUGCAGCAGCAGCAGCAGCAGCACCAGCAGCAGUUUGUGCAGCAGCAGUACGUGCAGCAGCAGCAGCAGCAGCAGCAGCAGCAGCAGUAUGCACAGCAGCAGGCACAAUUGAUGCAGAUGCAGAUGAUGAUGCAGUUGCAGCAGCAGCAGCAGCACCAUCAACAACAGGGCUUCCAGCAGCCGCAGCUGGGGACCAAUGGGGUGCCGCCGAUGAUGGGCGGGCUUCCCGGUGCGCCCAAUGGAGCGCCCUGGCCCCCAGGUUGA